GUUUUCACAACGCAAUGGUCGCAAUGGUGGGCAUAUAGCGGGAUUUCAGGGCCUGAAUUUUGGGGCAACAUAAACCCGGAAUGGUACAUUUGUAACAGGGGCAAGCACCAAUCACCAAUCAGCAUCGAUCCGAGUCAGUUACUCUUUGACCCCAACCUCAAGCCCUUCAAAAUUGAUAAGCAUAAGCACAUCACUGGUCAUUUAAUAAACAAUGGCCGCUUCCUGACCAUCGCCAUUGACGUCAGCACCAUCGCCAAUUAUAUAAACAUAAGUGGCGGCCCACUGGCUUACUAUUACAGGGCUUCCAACAUACUGAUCUACUUCAGCAAGGAAGUAGACCAGCACGGAUCGGAGCAUCGGAUCACCGGAAUGAACUUUUCCGCUGAGAUACAAAUCCUGGGCUACAACUCCGAACUUUACGACAAUGCAACAUACUCAAUGAACGCUUCCAAUGGUAAUGUUGGCAUUGCUCUACUGCUUUCUGUCACUGACACGCCCAAUCAUAAUCUGAGUCCUAUAAUCGAUGCCCUUGACAACGUCAUGUUCAAGGGUAGGCCGCUAAACGUAACCAUCCGCAUGCCCCUGGGCGCGCUGAUCCCUCCAACCAUGGACUACAUGACCUACGAGGGCUCCUUCACGCACCCCAACUGUUUCGAAACUGUGACUUGGAUCAUCCCUAAUAAACCCCUCUACAUCGGCAAAGAACAGUUCAAGGCGUUCCAGAAACUGUACGACGGAGAACCUGGGAACGUGAGGUUGCCCCUGUACAACAAUGCCAGACCCACCACCCCACUGAACAACCGACCAAUCAGGACAAACAUCAGAUUGAAAUCAGAGGUACGUAGACGUAUGAGGGUGGGGUAA